AUGGCUGCCGGGGCGCGCGGAAGCUGGGGGUGCCCCCCAUCACAGAAUACAGCCCCUGCGCCCUGGGUGACCGUUCUGCAGCCUCUCCCCUGGGUCCUCUCACCCGCGCCCCCGCAGCCAGGGAGCGUGAAGGAAGACCUGCUGGAGCUGAUGCUGCUGCAGAACGCGCAGAUGAACCAGGUGCUGCUCGGUCGCCUGGUGGCGGGGGCGCUGACCCCCGAGCCCUCCACAGCCCCCCAGGUCUUCCUGGAGGGUCCCCAAGAGGAGUGUGAGGAAGAGGAGGAGCUGGGAGAGCUGGAGGAGGGGCCAGUGGUGUUCCACCACCACUAUCUGCCCGGCCCGCUGCCCCUCCUGGGCCCUCUGCUGCCCUGGCCAGCCCCUGUCCCCACCGGAGCCUCACAUCAGCCUCCCCUGCAGGCCAUCCCCAGUGUUCCACAACGCUCUCCUGCCCUGGGGAAGAGGGAAGUGAGAGCUGUACCCCCACCCCCACCCCUCAGUGCCACCGGAACAGUGGGUGCAGAUGUGCCCCCAGCUGCAGAUUAUUACGACACUGAGAGCCUUCUAUGA